AUGACACAAUUACGUGAUUACUAUGCACACCAAUCUCCAUAUGACGCAUCUUAUACUCGUAAUAUUGACACGCCUCUUAAAUGGUGGAGAACUUGUGAGGUGAAACCACCAUUUUUUCAACAUCAUGCAAUUAAACUAACACGUCGUACAAGAAUUUUUGUGAAAAAUCUUGAAGCAAUUUCAAGAAGAAAUAACUUUGGAAGAAGUAUGGCUGAAGUUAAUUUGGAACAAACUGCUAUUGAUGAUGAUUUAGAAAUCAUUGACGAUGAGCCAUUGGAACUUGAAGAAACUUUGGAUUUGUCCAAUCCAAAAUUCUUACAAAAUGCUACUACACCUGCUGUAGAGCGUGAUGAAAAUGAUGAUUCAGUUGAUUAUACUAGUUGGCUAAUAGAAUUUGAUAAAGAAGACGAUUAUGAUUCAGCAGAAUUAGCAAAAAUGUAUUGUAGUUAAUGAAUUUUUGAUAAAAUAAAC